GGGGGGCACUCGUAAAAAGAGCAACAAAGUUUGGGAAAAUCAAACAUUAGGUUAGAAGUAAAUUAUUCAAAAUCCUGGCAAAGUUGGACUUAACUUUCACGAUAGCACCGUUAGAUGUGUUUCUGAAGAUAAUAUUUGGACAUCACCAUAGAAUGAAUUGAUAUGAGAGGAUAAUCCCUGGCAAGAGAAGCAGGGAGGUACGUCUGCACUGCACCUGACAGAGAGAUGAAGGUGUCCGCAUACACAGUCUGACUGACUCCAGGACACAAGCAGAGGCAGAGAGUCAGGCUCUUGAACACUUAGUCACAGCCACAGAAAUAAAUAUAGACAGACAAGACAGUCUGAUGCCAACUGUCUCUACUGCAAAUCUAACUGGACAACUCCUCCUGCUGUUGCUAUGGGCCACCCACCCAACCAUGGCAACCAACUGGCUCUCACUGGCGAGGAUGCCGCACAACCGGCCCGUGUCUGGUGCUGCCCCCUGUGGGCGGCUGCGGGGCCUGUCUGUGGGGCAGGUGGGGGUCUGCCGGGCCAGGGGAGAGGUGAUGGAGUCUGUGCGCAGGGCUGCGGAGAUGGUGAUAGAAGAGUGCCAGCACCAGUUCCGCAAUCGGCGAUGGAACUGCUCCAUCACCCCACGUGGGGUCAAUGUAUUUGGGAGAGUUAUGACCCAAGGCACACGCGAGGCAGCCUUCGUUCAUGCCCUGUCGUCAGCAGCGGUGGCCGUUGCAGUGACCCGGGGCUGCAGCCGGGGGGAGCUGGAGAGGUGUGGCUGUGACAGGAAGGUCAGGGGAGUCAGUCCUGAAGGAUUCCAGUGGUCUGGCUGCUCAGAUAAUCUGUCCUAUGGGGUGGCCUUCUCCCAGACCUUCGUUGACGAGCCAGAGCGCGCCAAGGGCCUCUCGUCAGGGAGGCCGCUGAUGAACAUUCACAACAACGAGGCUGGCAGGAAGGCGAUCCUGCACAACAUGCAGGUGGAGUGUAAGUGCCAUGGCGUGUCGGGCUCCUGCGAGCUCAGGACUUGCUGGAAGGUGAUGCCACCUUUCCGCCGGGUGGGCACUGUGCUGAAGGAGCGCUUCGAUGGGGCCACGGAGGUGCGCCUGUCUCGGGUGGGCUCCAGGACAGCACUGCUGCCCCGCGACCCCCACGUGAAACCCCCCGCGGCCCGGGACUUGGUAUAUCUCGCACCUUCCCCGGACUUCUGCAGCCUGGACCCGGACAAUGGGAUCCCGGGCACCGCUGGGAGGCGCUGUAACGGCACCUCCAGGCUGGCCCCGGACGGCUGCGAGCUGGUGUGCUGCGGCCCUGGCUUCCAGGUGGGCCGGGCAGAGGUGGUGCAGCGCUGCUCCUGCAAGUUCUCCUGGUGCUGCUCGGUGCGCUGCCAGCAGUGCAAGAACACGGUGCUGAUCCACACAUGCCAGGAGUGAGCAGACAGGUGGCCGGGCAGGCAGGCGAGAGGCAUCUGUGCAUACGGCAUGCUCCGUAUUAGCACUAACAGACAGCCAGCUAGGCUCUGCGCUGAUGAUAUUCAAACCAACGAGCUGCUAGUAUAAAGUAUCACUGCAUACAGCUGUACUAUCAUUUAGCGCAUAGCUUGUUUCAUAUUCAAAUCCACUGUUGAGCCUGUUACCAUCCACUAUUUAUUUUUCGCCCAGCAUCCUUCGUGUCUGUAUUUAUUGUCUCGGAUAACAUGCCUCCCCCCCUGUAGAUAGAUGACAGUUUAAAACGAAGAAGAGAGCUCGUCGCACUCUCAUAAUCCUGGGCCCCUCUGUAGCUUUGACAUCUACUGUUUUUGCCUGGAUUCCAGCAUUUUAUAGACUUUUGUUUAAAUAAACAGCUUUCACAGCAGCACCAUGUCAUGUGAUAGAUUGCGCUAAUUUUCAUUAACAUGAACUAUGUGUCACUUCAGU